AUUCAACUAUACCAGCAGAAAGUAUUGUUGAUGGAAAAGAUUUGACUACUCCAGUUCAAGAAGAGUUUUCAACCACUACUGUGGACAAGAUUAAACAAGAUGAUAUCUUGGAGACACCACCUUCUCCUGGUUCGUUACAAAAUCCACCUCCACCUUACUCACAAUGGGAUCAACUCAGUUUAGAACAAUUACUUGAAAAGAGUAAAGAGGUUCUCACCAUGACUAACGGUGGUGAACAAAAGGACGGUAAAAUGCUUGACAAGACGGUUCUCAAAAAAAUGCAAGACAAACAGGAAACUAUAACUAACGAAGAAGUAAUGAAACAAGUGGUUACGAUGAAGGCCCUUACUGAAAAUCUUCUCGCAUCGAACGAACUCAAACAACAAUUUGACGCCAAUGUUGCCGCAGCCAUGGCAGUGGCUACAAAUGUUGCAGAAAAUACACAAAAUGUAGAAGAAGUGAUAUCUGUUUCUCAACCACCAACCGAGCAAAACGAUAUAAUUCCUUCACUUCCUUCAUCAGAAAAUUUGAACUCACCACCUACCACUAUUCAACCUACACCAUCUUCUCGUCAAACUUCUAGAGUACCAUCUCGUGCACCGUCCCGUGCUCCAUCUCGUGUUCCAUCCAGAGCUACUUCUCGAGCACCAUCAAGAGCACCAUCAUCUUCUAGACCAGUAUCUCGUACUGUAUCGCCAGCCCAGACUCCAAUCUCGUUAUCGAGAUCAUCGUCUAAAUAUAAAAUUGAUCAUCCGACAUCAGAAUAUAACCAUGACAUUCCAAAAAUAGAUGAGGGAAGUGAUGAAGAUCUUGAAGAUCCCUCAUUUAAUAAGAUGCGUGAUUUAUUAAAUUCAUUAAUACAUGAAGCCACGGAAGCAGUGGAAGCACCAGUUAAAGGACGUGAAAAGAAGAAACGUGCACCCUCAACUACAAGUCAACAAUCGUUUGACAUGGGGGAUAUUCAUGACAUGCUUGAUGAAUUAGAAGAAGAUGAUGAAUACGAGUAUGAAGACUCAGAAGAUGAGGAAGAAGAAGAACAAAAUGAAUCUUUAGAUGAAGAAAAUGAAGAGCCUCGAGGCAGAGGUUGUAAAAGAGAAAAGUCACAUAAGCGACAAAAGAGUGUACAUGAAGAAAGAUUUGAACAAGGAAUGUUGGAAUUUAAUAGGAGUAUUGCAGAUUUUUCCACGCUUGUUGAUGCAAUAACAACAGAAGAUAAUAUGCAAGAAUAUGAUCCUUGCAUACAAUAUGUGGAUCCAACUGACCAACUCAUACAACAUCCAAGUGAAGACCUUGCAAAUCUUGACGAUUUCUCUCAACAAUGUCGCCUUCUUACACGUGCGCUCAUUCUUCCAUUCUUACAUGCAACACACUCUUUUAUGUCUGAAUCUCUUAAGAAUAAUUCACCAAGAAUUGCAGGAAGACAAGUAAUUAGAAUGGUUGAUUUAUUAAAACCAGAACCAUUUGGAUUUAUUUCAAAUAAUUGUGAUCAAGUAGCCGGUGAUCAACAAGAUGGAGGGUUCGGGGUUUUGAAUGACGAUGAAUGUAGUGAUGAUAGUGAAGAAUGGGAGAUUGUAGACUUUGAUAGUAGCGAUGGCGAGGAAAGCGGAACUGAGGAGGAUGAAAUUGAAGAUCCAGCACUUGUUCUAAGACGUAGGAUAACCAAUGAACGAUUUAGGCGUGCCGGACACGUAAACAGUAUGAUAAUUGAAGACAGUGCAAAAAAGGAAAUAAUAAAUGAAUUGAUUGAAACUGACGUGUCCACUAUUACAGACCAAUUAAAUGAUAUGCAAGAAACAACAGAUCCUUUAUUUGAAAAAAUAACAAAUAGUUCACUUUUUCAGGAACCAGAAGAAAUUUCAGAUGAUGAUGUUAAUUUAAAUAUACCCGGUUCAUUUCCUUCAAAAUUUAAAUGGACGCCGCCACCUCCAAUUGUCGAUGUAACAGAAGUAACAGAAAAUGUAAGACGAGUAAUAAGUGUCGUACUACGUCGACCAAAACGUAAUGGACCUUUUGGUGGUAGUG